AUGCCGACUUUAAGAUGCCGAUGCUGCAGCGCAGUCCUAACCAAGCCGUCCCCCGCGCUGCUAUGCCGGCCGUGCAAGGUGGUGGGGUCGGGGGGAACCGUGCGCGUGCGACCGGGCGUCUGGCGGCUGGCGCGUUGGCGGGUCAACGAAUGGGUGCAGAUGGGUCGGAUACGGCACGUGCAGGAGCUGGUGGAGGAGAUUCGCACGCGCGGACUGCUGCUCAUCGUCGCCGCGAUCGUUCUCGCGUAUGCCAUGUCGCUGACAAGCCCCUCGGUGCUCCUCAACCUACCGGUGGCCCUCGGGAUCCUCGCCGUCGCUCGCUGGCUCAUGCUCGAGCUGCAGGCGCGGGCCAAUGCCAGCCUGCCACGUGUGCACUACGAGCAGGUGCACGCGCCCUUCCAGCCUAUCACGACCGCCGACGCCCUCCCGCGGCCGUCAGAUGCGGCCGGGCUGGCGCUGGUGGGAUCACCGCUGGUGGAAGCGUCUCUUGACGAGUUCGUGCGCUCCAUUAUCAAGGACUUUGUGACGAACCAGUUCUAUGCGUACCUGACGCCAGAUAGGGAGAUGCCAGAGGAGCUGCGCUGUGUGCUGCUGGCCGUGCUGGGAGAGGUGGCUCGCCGGGCCAAGCGGGUCAACCUCGUUGCGCUGCUCACCAGCGACGCGCAGUGCAAGGUGGUGCGCUGCAUGGCUCGCGAGCUCCUCUCCUGCUGCGUGCUGCUGCCCUCGCUCAAGCAGGCCAACCCCAGAGUGAUCAACGAUGCCAUACUCUCCUUCCUCGACAAGCACCCCUCCUCUUCCACCUCACAACCGCCCUCCGCGCCUUCAGCCCCUGCCACCGCUACCCCACCACCAGCCUCAGCAACUGCAGCCACAGCUGCAGCAGCAGCAGCAGCAGCAGCAGUGGCAACAGCAGCAGGUGCUGCAGCGGCGGGGAUGGCAGCAGGUGGUGGAGUGUCCGCCGGGGCAGGAUCAGGUCUGGGUGGCAGAGCUGUAGGGGCAGCAGAUUCGUCGCUGAUUGCGCCUCUCAAGGCCAUGCCUCCCCAGGAUAAGCCUCCCCUGGGUCGUUCCCCUGCGCUGCUGCAGCCAAUGAGUGCCUCUUCCUCAAUGGCAUCCUUGGCCCCUCAGCUCAUCGCCGCUACUCCCCUCCCUCUGCACCCCUCUGGCCCCUCCGGUGGCUUUAAUGGCUCUCCUGGGCUUGAAGGGUCGAGUGGGUCUACUGCUGGUGGUGGUGGUUUGGGGAGCCAAGGCACGCUGAGCAGCAGCGGUGAGAAGCACGGGGGUGGGGGGUUUUCGUUGCACUCCCACCAGCUUUCAAACGCCUCUGGCUGUUCCCAGCCCGCUGCACCUGCUGCAGCAAGCACCGCAUGUCUUCACAUGCCGCCUCCUCCUCCCCCUGCUCCCGAUGCAUCUGGCCCGUUGGUUCAUCCCAAUCAAAGGGCUGCUGUAGCUGCGCAUGAAGGGGCUGAUGGGAUGGCGCAGCGGCGCGGGAGAAAGGCAGGGAGAGGCAGGGAGGAGGACGGGAAGGUGGUUGGCAGGGUGAAGAGCGAGCCUUGUGAAGGGAGUGAAUGGGGCGAAGGUGGCAGGAGUAAGGGCGAGGAGGUUGCAAUGCGGUUACCGGGUGACGACGCGGACUUUGCGCAGGCGUUACAGCGGUACGAGCAGCGGCAGCUGCAGGUGCUGGAUAGCGAGCAGAUUGAUAAGCUCUGGAUGCGGUUGUGA